AUGAUUCCAAAUACAACAGCUGGAGUUAUUAUUGGAAAAGGUGGUUCAACUAUUGAAAAUAUAAAACAAGAUACUAAUGCUUCACUUACAAUUACAAUUAAAUCUGAUAUGCCAGGAAGGGUUAUGACUGUUACUGAAGAUCCUCAUCAUGAUAGUGUACCAAGUGUUAAUUAUUCCAACGAAAACGGUUCAUCAAUUAAUUCUUCAUCAAUUAUAAAUGAUAUUCAACCAUUUCAUCAUCGUAUGUAUCAAUCUUUUUUUUUAUUUCAACAUAUGAUUAAAUAUUAA